UCAGUUGGCUCCGAGCUACGGGAAGCGUAGCUAUUCAUGUGCCGCAUUUUUCAACCUAAUAUAUAAAUUUGUGUUAAUUAACACCACGAAAAGUAAUGCAAAAUUAGCAUGUUUUGUUUAGCUCUCACUGUAAAAAUUGUUUUAGUUGCAGACAACAAAUAAUGUGAUUGAUAUGAUUGAUCCUGAACGUCAUAUCUCUGGACAUGGGAGAAACGGAGAGGGUACGUUAAGGAUCAAGUAUGGAAGAUACGGAGAAAUUCAAUCUUGAGGAGAUGCUGAUGUGCCCGGUGUGUCAGGACACGUUCAAGGACCCCCGACAGCUGUCCUGUGGUCACACCAUUUGUAUGGUCUGUCUGGAAAACAUGAUGGAUCACUCCUCAGACGGCCCUUUCCGCUGCCCAGACUGUAGGGAAUCUUUUGGACCCAUCGUAGAGGUGCAGAAGAGCUACGCCCUGGCCAAUAUUGUAGAGCAUUUCAGGGUGAUCAAGAGGAGGAGGGAGGAGCAGACAAAAAAUGUGUACUGUGACUGCUGCCCGGAGGAAAAAACCCUUGCGUUCAAAACGUGUCUGAAGUGUGAGGUGUCGCUGUGCAAAGAACAUGUCAAGGACCACCUGGAGCUCCCCGUGUUCACCGGACACCCUUUGGUUAGCCCUCUGGGGGACCUCCUGGAGAGGAAAUGCCCACAUCACGAGGACAAGGUGCUGAGGUACUACUGCAACGCGUCCAUGCGCUACAUCUGCAACGUGUGCACACUGGAGAGCAAGCAGCACAACCUGGCAACCGAGGCCUCCUCUGUCCUGCGAAGACAGCUGACUGAGCACAUGGACCAACACUUCGAAAUGCUUAAGGCGCAAAUGGCAGAAUCCAGAGACAAUUUGCAAAAAGAAAUCCUACGUCAAAAACAGAGAGUGAUCCCCGCCGCCUCGCCACUCAACAGUGUCACAGUGGUGCUGCUCUUCCUGUGGUUCAUCGUUUUGUAUUACGCCUACAACUACUCUGUGGAAAACCAGAUGCUAACAGAGGCGCUGGAAAAACAGCAGAACCGUGUGCAUCACGUUUAUUCCACCAUUGCAGAACUCUUGGUAGGACAUCCAAUGAAAAGACACAAACCUCUGGAGACAGGAGAAGCCACAGGAGACGAUCUGAUAGAAAAUUGGAAUGGAAAUGUCAGUUGAAGAGAACACUUUGUGUUGGAAUACAUUUGCUAUCCUGAUGGAGGUGCUAUAAUCGGUCUGACUAUGAAGAAAACCAUUGUGUUGCCUUUUAACAUCCUGGUUUUGGCCAUAUACGUAUGGGAUAUGAUGUUAACAUGAUUAUUCUCGUGACUUGUCAUGAUUCUAAAAUGAUCCGAUUUGAGGCUGGUCUGGAUCGUUUCUGUAAUGGCUAAGUUGCUUCAAUAUUUGAAGAUUCACUUUUUGAUUUCUGGCUGCCUUAAUUGUGCCUCGUUUACUACUCUGGCUUUGGCUUGAUCAAAUCUAAUUUCCUUUAUGUAAAGUCCUGUUUUAAGUACUAAAGUAACACAGCUUUAAGAAACUAAGUCAAGAGAGAGAACACUCAUUUGAGCACACCUGCCGUUUUAUUAAGAAAACAUUUAAGUCGAGCAUUUUUUAACAACAAUGAAGAGAAUGUUUUACAAAAAAAGGGAAAGGCAGCAUCAAACCAAAAAGGCUUCUAAGGCCUCCUAACCAAGGUAUACACAGUAGAACAUGUUUUUCCUUAGCAUGUAGUAAAGACAGAAUUGUUAGUUCAGAGACAUAAAACAACAUUUCAAAUCAGUGAGAACUGUACAAUCACGUCUUAAACUGCUGGAAAAAGGUUGAAAUGGUGGUCCAAUGUUUUACAAUAAACAAGUAUAAAAUGACUGGUAUGGCCUUCAUUUGAAAUAAAAAAACGGAGAAUACCA